AUGGUCGUUAUAGGGGCACUCAUAAAGCCCUGGAUUUUUACCGAGAUAAAAGAAAACCGAGUCUGGGAUAUAUCCUCCUCAGAGCGUCUUGAUCUGCUUCGUGAGUUCACUCGCUACGGCCUUGAACACUGGGGCUCCGACUCUCGGGGUGUAGAGACCACUCGUCGCUUCCUACUCGAAUGGCUCUCCUUCUUACAUCGGUAA